GAAGACAGUUCAAGUUCGAUGUUCGUGUGUCUUCUCUUCUAAUGGUUUUUCGCUAGGUUAUUUUACUUGUCAACACGUGUUGUGAAAACAUUUAGCAACAAAUUUGUGGUUUUUCAGUGAUAUAUAGUGAAAAUGUCGGUUUGGCAGCGUGUGGUCAAACCCACCACACGAAAAGGAAAGAAGGUAUUAUUAAAGAAAGAGCCGCAAGUUAUAGAAGGUCCCAAGAGAGCUCUAUUCUUUCAAGGAAGAAAAUGUUCACAAAAAAUUCGAGGUUUAUUGGAAGACUUAUAUGAUUUCAAAAAGCCUGAUGCUAUAAAAUUACAUAGAAAAAAUGACGUUACAAUAUUUGAAGAUGUAAAGCCAGUAGAGAAUAUGUGUAGAAAACAUGAAUCGCCACUUUUUAUGUUAGGAUCCCAUAGUAAGAAGCGGCCUGAUAAUGUAGUCAUAGGCAGAAUGUUCAAUUAUAAUUUACUAGAUAUGAUAGAAUUAUAUGUAGACUCUUAUGAAGGUCUUAAAGAAUUCGCAGAAUCUAUUACACUAGGUACUAAACCCUGUCUACUGUUCAAUGGUGCCCUGUGGGAUCAAACUGAUGAACUAAAACAACUAAAAUCCUUAUUUAUUGAUUUUUUUCAAAGAGAAACUGUUGAUAAUAUUAGAAUACAAGGGAUUGAACACAGCAUUAGUUUUAAUGCUACGCCAGAUGGAAAAAUCCUUCUCAGAUCAUAUAAAAUUCUUCUAAAAAAGUCUGGUGUGAAAACUCCGCGGGUGGAACUGGAAGAGAUUGGUCCCCGAGUAGAUUUCACAUUAAGACGAUCUAAAUUAGCUGAUGAAGACUUAAUGAAGGAAGCCUGUCGCAAACCUAAAGAACUCAAGAUUGGAAAAACGAAGAACAUUAGUACCAAUGAAUUGGGUACAACUCAUGGUCGCAUACAUAUUGGUAAACAGGAAAUCAAGAAAAUACAGACAAGGAAAAUGAAAGGGUUGAAAAAGACUGCUGCAGAAAGGAAAGCAGAGAAAGUCAGGCUUAAUAGGGCUGUCAAACCCACCACAGUAAAUGGCCAUCGAUAGGUUUAAUGUGGGGGGAACUAUUUUUUCCUUAUUGGGGUGAGAUAGUGUCAUUUCAUUUUUUAUUUUUUUUUUUUAAUUGAUUUCAUAUUUGCAGGACCUUAUUUAUUAAUUUUCUUUUUUAUUGAUAAAUACUAUAAAAAAAACUAUUAGGCAGUUCAUUAAAAAUUGUAAGUGAAAUGACAAUGUCACACUUUCAUGUGCAAAUACUUUUUUUAAUAAUUAAAACAAAAUAUUUUUGUUAUCGCUAGAAUAAGUGUAAGUCUGUAUAUAUGUUACUUACAUACUAAUUAAUAUACAGUUAUAUAAAAUUUUAAAACAACAUCAAAAAAAGAACAUGGUUUUUAUUACUGUUUCUCAUCAAUAUUUUACUUGUUCUUGCAAUUUUUGGGUCUUGGAUUCAAAAAACUCUUAAUCAUUUCAAAUUUCCACAUUUUGCAUCUUUGGAAAUUGUUCUUGUACAGGAAUAAUUAAACUUAAGUUUAAAAAAAUGUUUAAUAAGUGUUUAUAUGUACAUAUAUGUGUAUAUAGGAAAACAAAAAUAGAAAUAAAUACAUAAUUAUUGUAAUAUACAAAUAAAAUUUAGGUUCAACAGAUGUGUAAACAGUCUUAAAUGUUUAUGAAAAAUAUUCUAUUUCACGUUUCUUCUUUUGGAAAAUCUUUAUUAAUUGCAAUUCAGAUCGUUCUUUUAAGGCAAUUUUAACUUCCUCUGUGGUAACUUCACUUAAACCUUCCCUAAAAAAAAAAAUAUAUAAUUAAUAAACUUACACUUAAACAAUACCCAAGGAUAGGUGUAUUGCAAUGAAAUAACUUCAUUCAAUUUAAGUAAUUUGACCAUUUUAGGAUUGAACAUGUUCACAUGGUAAAGUGUGUUAAACACUAUAGAAAAUAAAACAAAUCCCCUUUAUGUUGAGAAAGAUGGGAAUAGGCAA